GUCGUUUCAUAUAAGGCUGAAAGUUAACUAAGAAUGUUGCACGUGCAGUUACCUCCUAAAGGCAUCCUCAAGAACAAUGCUCUUAUGAAGUACGUCUUUGAUACUAGUGCAUAUCCCAGAGAGCACAAGGAACUGAAGAAUUUGCGAGAAGCCACAGAGAAACGAUAUGGAAACGAUAGCCGGAUGGCUGUGCCAGUUGAUGAAGGGCAAUUCCUGUCAAUGCUAGUGAAGAUUAUGAACGCCAAGAAAACAUUGGAGAUUGGUGUUUUUACAGGCUAUUCUCUUCUUUCUACUGCACUAGCAUUGCCAGAUGAUGGCCAGGUUUUAUCCCUUAUGUGUAGCCAGAUAAAUAAGAAAUUCUUUAUUAUUUUUCCACAUUUUGAUGAUAUAAGAACGCAAGAUUUUGUGAAGCAGAUAACAGGAAUUGACAUAGAUCAAGAAGCUUAUGAAUUUGGAUUACAAUUCAUCCGCCAGGCAGGCGUAGAGCACAAGAUCAACUUCAUCCAAUCAAUUGGAAUUGAAGGGGUGAACCAAAUCCUGAACAACCAGGAUAAGGUUCCUAAGGAAGAAUUUGACUUCGCAUUUGUGGAUGCUGAUAAACACGGCUACAAGCAAUACCAUGAACAAUUGCUGAAGCUGGUUAAGGUUGGAGGCGUAAUAGCUUACGAUAACACUUUAUGGUAUGGCCUUGUUGUUGAAGAAGAAGAUGCAGUGCCCGAGGAUCUAAGGGGAUCCACCAAAGCUAUACUGGAUUUCAACGAGGCUUUGGCUUCUGAUCCUCGAGUAGAAAUAUCUCAUGUUUCUAUUGGUGAUGGUGUUACCUUGUGCAGGCGUCUCGUGUAGAAAUAUCUAGCAGACAUGAAGCUAGAUGGCGUACCAACUGGGAGAUCUAUGCAGUAACUUCCAUUUUUGUUUCCUUUACCUGUUUUCAGUGUUUUGUGUCUUUGUUGCCUUUCCUUCAAAUGGAAGUAAAGGUUUUUUUUAAUCAGCAGUUUGGAUAGCUUUAUUGUGCUGAGCAGUUUACAUGAUGCUUGGUCUGCUGGCCAUGCAUAGAUCCAGCUGCUGGUUUUUUUUUUUCCCUUCUUUCCUGAAAUAAUUCCUGUAAGAAUAAAGAAAGAUGAAAGGAAAGUUGUAAUAUUUAAUGUUUUUCAAA